AUGCUGUACGCCGCAAAUGGUUCACCAAUUAAGGUAAUAGGGGAGAAGCGUAUAAAACUUGACCUUGGCCUGCGCCGUGAUUUCCACUGGUCAUUUGUGAUAGCAGACGUUACGUCACCGAUCAUCGGCUCCGAUUUUAUAAAAUUUUACGAUUUGCUUAUCGACUUACGACGCAACCGUCUUAUCGACAACAUCACUGGUCUUAUAUCCCAGCUUACGUCAUCAACAUUUUCGGCCGCAGCUGUAAUCAGAACAUUCGAUUCGACAGAACCUUUCGCCGACAUUUUGAAAAAUUUUGCUGACGUCACCCGACUUUCGCCAUAUGGUUCAACGACAAAAUCAACGAUUUCCCAUCGAAUGGAAACGACUGGCCAGCCUGUUUUCUGUCGUCCUCGACGUCUUUCGCCAGAAAAGCUAGCCGCUGCGAAAAAAUAA